AUGACCUCUUCUCCCGCACCAACCACACACAUCGCCCAAACCCUCCUCGCGCGCGCCCACUCCCCCGACACAGCGAGCCAACAAUUCACCGAGCGCAUAAAACAAAAACCCCUCUUCCUACGCCCAACAUCACCCUCCGCGUCCGACAACCGCUCAAGGCGACGCCUCCACCACCUCCGCAAGAAAGAAUACUUCCUCAAACACCAACGACCGCGCCCACUGUCCGCGCGUGAGAAGCGCACCUCAGGCCUCUACGAUCUUCCCAAGGAAGAAUGCAAAUAUGCCAUUUUCAAGGGACUGCAUGCUCUGUGGACGACGUAUAUGCAGGAGAUUCUGGAUCUGAAAGCUGAUGGGAGAAGUGGACUUGUGACGCCGGCGUCACACGGUGCUAAGCUCGUCAGCGCGGAUUAUCAUGGCGCAGAAGUGGAAGUUGUGAGGAGUCGGUCUGCAGGGAGGGUUGGGCUGAAGGGGUUUGUUGUUCGCGAUACGAAGUUUACGUUUACUAUUGUUACGGAAAAGGAUGAGGUUAAAACGAUACCGAAGGAGCAUACCAUUUUCCGAUUCACGGUACCGUUUCCGAAGUCUUCGGAGUCUACAGCGGAUGGCGAGAAGCCGAAAAAAGGACAUACUGAAGACCUCAAGCCUCUGGAAUUUGAGUUGCAUGGAAGCCAGUUUGAGAAUCGGCCCGUUGAUCGGGCUAAUAAGAAAUUCAAGUGGAGGAAUGUCGACUAUCUGUGA